CUGUGACAGAUGUCAUUCAGUGGUAGAAAUGGACGUGAAAUACGCCAAUCCGAUACUUACGUGAGAAGCUCGUAAUGUUUUGAGGAAAAUUUGUGAAGCAUUUUGCCAGAAAGAAUACAGAAAGCAUCAAAGGAAAUGUUCCGGAGUAUAGCUUCAUUGGCUAUACGCCAAGUGGUACAAACAAGAGCCGUCAUUAGUCGAGUUCCGCCGGUGAUCCCCGCGCUUACAUCUCAAUCGGGGCGUAAUUUUUCGAUAUUUGUACGACCGAACAACGAUGCGGUUCCUUCCUUUCGCAACACGAUCUCAGGGAUACCGAACAACACGUGUUCCACGGAACCGUCUACAUCCCUCCGAUUGCUUGAUGCCAUGGCUAAAUCUCCGGUGUUACAAACGCAACCUAGUCGUACCGUGAUUAAGUUUUCCUUGCGGAAAGGCAAAAGAAAGACAGUGAAAGCAGUGGUUAAGCGAUUCAAGCGUCUGGAUUGGGGUGGUUGGAUACGGACCAUCUCGGGACGGCAUAAGAAAAUGUGGCGAAAGCGAGCGAACCGAAAGCGUCGUCUACGGCAGCACGUUCUCGUGAAUGGGACGCAGGCUACGCUGCUGGAUAAGAUGGUAACCAAGUACUGGAAGCGUCCCAGGCAUUACAUCAACGAUCCAUACGCACCGUACCAUACCAGGGAGGAAUUUGUGUACACUAGAAGAAAGCCACUGAAGCAAUGAGCGAUGCCAUCGUGCCGAACGGAUGUAGUUGAAUAAUUAAAACCAUUUACCAGUGAAUAAUAA